UUUUUUUUUUUUUUUUGAAAAUUGUGGAUCGAUAUUUUCAAAGUAGUUUAUCAUUAUCGAGUCACUGAAAUACCGUCGGUAGCCUGGGAAAAGUGACGGGGGAAAAAAGAUUUCGUCUUCGAAUCAAUAGAACACGCUGGCUCUAACUUUUUCCAACGGAUUCUCACCAUUGUGGUGGCAGAACUUUUACGGCUUGGCGGCGUCUGGAAUCUCAAAAAAAAAUCCGCAGCGGUUUUGGUCAAUUGGUAUAAAAUACUCUACACACGACUCGCUGCAAUACACAUUCCGGUAUGGUUGCUUUCCCGGAUCCGGAGGACAGACCAAAACUGUUGAGCAUUACGGAUUUGGCCAGUCAAAACCGGAAAUCGAACAAGAGCCCGGCUGACGCUCAUCCCGACCCAGCACCGCAGGACCAUGAGAAGAUAAAGAACGAUUACUCGUUUACCGACGGUGACAAGAAAGAUGAUCUCACCCUCGACGUCGGUAAAUUGUCAAAAAACGACUCCAUCGAAAUCUCAAACCUUAACGCUGACGAAGUCACGGCUAAAAAAAUAGCAGCCUCACUGAAGGUCCCCUUUGGAGCUUAUUCCGAAAAGAAUGGUCUGGCACCUGCGAGUCCAGGAGGCGGAUCGCUGUCCAGCAGCAGUUCCAUCGUCACGAUCACCUCGAUCACGAACUCAGACCCAGAUCCCGACUUUCCCGGCGGGUCGCCAGGCUCUGGAGAUAAGCGGAAAAUUGUCAAGGCUGAAAAAUGGUACACGACAACGCUACAGAUUUCCGUGCCGUUUUUCAUCGCUGGAAUUGGCACCAUCGGGGCUGGAAUAGUUCUAUCUAAUGUCCAGAAUUGGCCGGUGUUCGUGGCCAUCAGCGAGCUCUUCAUCCUUGUACCAGCGCUACUGGGCCUCAAAGGAAACCUCGACAUGUGUUUAGCCUCACGAUUGAGCACACAGGCGAAUAUCGGCAACAUGACAAGCUUCCGAGAGAUCAUGAAAAUGAUAAUCGGCAACGUGGUUCUGGUUCAAAUUCAAGCUUCGGUAGCAGCUUUUCUCGUCUCUAUUUUCGCCCUCUCAGUGGGGGCGGUAAUGCAGGGACAGUUCAUUUGGAACCAUGCUCUUCUGUUGACCACUUCCAGCAUUUGUACUGCAACCAGCUCAUGCUUCGUCUUAGAUUUCGUGAUGAUCGUUGUAAUUAUGGUAUCGCAUCGGUGUAAAAUGAACCCUGACAAUCUUGCUACACCGCUCGCUGCAUCCAUUGGUGAUGUCGUGUCCAUCAGCGUUUUGGCGGCUAUUGCAUCCGCACUCUUCACAAGACUAGAUAAUCAGAUAUGGAUCCUCUACCUCAUCCUGGGAGGUUAUAUUUGCCUGUUACCUCUAUGGAUCUGCAUAGUUCUGAAAAACAAGUACACCAGAAGCGUUCUGAAAACGGGGUGGACGCCGGUUUUAUCAGCGUUGUUCAUUAGCGGGCUUGGCGGAUUAGUCCUUGACCAAGCGGUUGACGUUUUCGACGGUUUCGUCAUAUUUCAACCAAUAAUAAACGGAAUUGGAGGCAAUCUAGUUUCGGUGCAGGCAUCCAGAAUCUCAACGCUGUUGCACCAAACUUCUAUCAUGGGAAUUUUACCACCCCAUGCAAAGAUUUUCGUUUCUCCAUGGGCAGCGCUCUUCAAAGGAGUACCCUACGCCAAAACAGCACGAAUUCUGAUGGGUAUGUCAUUACCUGGUCAACUGGUCUUCAUCUUCGCUGCAGACUACAUUCAGUGGGGUUACUCAACGCUGCAUAUCUAUUUCAUAUUAUCCUACUUGGCUGCCGCGUUAGUGCAGUUAAUGCUCUUGCUCUACACCGCUCACAUAAUCAUCCACGCAAUGUGGCGAUACAAAAUUGACCCGGACAAUUCUGCAAUUCCGUACUUGACAUCGCUCGGUGAUCUUUCCGGAUCAUUGUUGCUGGCUGGUGCCUUCAAGAUGCUGCAGUCCGUCGGACACGAAUACGGCGACUAUUGAAGUGUAUGUGUCUAAUAUUGCUGGAGAGAAACCAUUGAGGCGAACGAUGUGAGAUCGCCACACCCCUGGAGCCUUGACUCAAGGAUGACAAAAUUUUAUCAUCGAUGAUGACGGUCGACUAAUAGACCGCAGGAACAAAAUCGUUAAUUUGGUAUACGCAUCAUCGAAAGUGAUAAGCUUAAGAAGUAUAUUGAUUUUAAACCGUGAAGAAACACCAUCGACAGAUGGGCGAAAUAUAUAUCUCAAAUCAAGCACAAGAUUCAAAUGAAUUGAAUUUCGUUUUAUCGUAAAGCAGAUUGUUGGCAGACUUUAGAUAUUUGCCGGUCACAAUAUGAUUUUAAUAAUUCAUUAUCAGUUAACAGAAUUGGUUCGAGAAUGAAUGAAACAUGUUAACUUUAAAUGCCCAUCAUAUUCACCGCAGUCAUUUGAUUGAGCGUAAAGUAAUAUGUAUCCUCAGUUAAAUUCAUUUUGUAUAUAUCUACAUACGCACUUGUUGAAUUAUCCAAACAAAUCAAUUGCCAUAAAGCCAUCAUACGUAAAUAUAUUACACGAAGUAUUUCGUAUUGAAUUGUAUUUGUACAUACCUUUAACUUUAUUUACGUAAUAAAAAUAUGAGGUAAAAUGCAAGAAAGAAAACCGCGGAGUGCAAAAAAGAACUUCAGUCACAUAGGUUAUAGAUCUACUGUAAUUUAAUGUAUGAACAAAUAUUGUUUCUCAUUAUAACUCGGGGAUGGUUUGAAGCACACAAGAAAGA